CCUGGCGAAGCAACCGUUGAACACAUGGAUGGAGAAGUAAUUGUCAGCUUACACCAUUCUUUUUCAAUCAAUUUAUUUGAAGCCUGGUAAGGGAAGAUAAUGAUUAAGAAAGGAAUAUCACUAAACAAAUGCAACAAGAAGAAGCAAGUGCUUUAUAAAAUUCUGAAAGGGAGUCAUGCAACAGAAUUUCCCAGCUCGGAACUAGUAGAAGUUUCAAACUUUCUUUCAAAUACGUUUUCAGAUUCUACUUUGGUAGAGAAUUUGGCUAUAAAAGAUCAUUCAGAUUUUUCAAGGGACAUUUCGAUAGCGAAAAAGCUUACUCUUAAAGCAUCAAUCUCACGAGGGCAUUCAGUUAAUAAAGUUUUAAAGAGCUUCCCAAAACAUUGUGCAUCCAUGGCAGUUAUUGUGGGAACAAACCAGGAAGACUCUCACGGGAGUUCAAUCGGCAGAUGUUGCGCCAGUAAAAUACCAGCAACUAUGGCCGUUUUUGUUGUCUACAAGGACAGAAUUGUUUCAACAAAAAGAUCAGUUUUGCAACUAAAAUCUAUGAAAUUUUCAGGUUUCAGGUUAAAUCCAAGACCUGAGUUUUAUCAGGACGAGGAAAGUACUAGUUUAAGAGAUGCAGAGGAACAGGAGUUUGAAAAUAUAGAACCCAAUAAAAUUCUGACCUCUGAAAAUGAAUCAAGAUGCUGUAGUGAGGAGUUGAAUGAUCAAAAUUUCAGUCUUGACCAUGAGAAAUCUUCUUUGGGUUCAACUUAUCUUGCACAAAAAGAGCAGCCAGAUUUAUUCCUGGGAUGGCCUCUUCUGGGACGGACCUGGCCUCUAAAUCAUAAAGUUAUUAAGAAUGUUGGAGAUCAUUCAACUGAUGGCAGCAUUAACUCAAGAGAUGAGACUUCUUCAAGUUCAGUUUCUUCACAUGUAACAGAUUUUUCACAUUCAAAACCAGGCUGGCCUCUUCUUCGAAUAUCAGCUCCUGUGACAUUACAUUCUUCAAAACAGUCUGAAGAUGGAAGCAACAAUUCUUUGCAAAUGGAGAUUAUUUGUUCAAAGACGAUGAAGCUGCCCAAAGAGUCAGAGCUUUUCUCUGAAUUAGUCUCAUCUAAUUACAAGAAGGUCAGCUACGCAGAGCUUGAAAAAGCAACUCGCCAGUUCUCCUCAGAUAACUUGAUUGGAGAGGGAGGGUGUAGCAAUGUGUACAAAGGAUGUCUCUCAAGUGGCAAGCCUGUGGCAGUGAAAGUUCUGAAAUCUUACAAGGAAGCGUGGAACGACUUCAUCUUGGAAGUAGACAUUAUCUCUUCAUUAAACCACCAAAAUAUAACCCCACUUAUCGGUGUAUGCACAGAGGACAACAGUCUUAUCUUGGUCUAUGACUUCUUGCCCAAAGGGAGUCUGGAAGAAAGCCUUCAUGGCAACAAUCAGAACUUUGUGCUGCCAUGGGAGGUGAGGUUCAAAGUGGCUGUUGCAAUUGCUGAGGCUCUAAAUUACCUGCACAAGCAAUGUUCGCGUCCCGUUAUUCACAGGGAUGUUAAAUCUUCUAACAUCCUUCUCUCCAACGAUUUUAACCCACAGUUAUCUGAUUUCGGGCUCGCUAUAUGGGGACCAACAGAUUCAAAUUCCCUGAUACAAGACGAUGUGGUGGGGACAUUUGGAUAUAUUGCUCCAGAAUAUUUCAUGCAUGGAAGGAUCAGUGACAAAGUUGAUGUGUAUUCCUUUGGUGUUGUUCUUCUUGAACUGUUAUCUGGAAGAAGGCCAAUUGGUCCCAGGAAUCUUAAAGGACAGGAGAGUCUGGUUAAGUGGGCAAAACCAAUAUUAGAGAAGGGGGAUGUAGAAGCAUUGUUGGAUCCAAAUCUAGCUGAUCACUUUGACAGUGCUGAAAUGCAAAGAUUGGCUCUUGUAGCGAACCUCUGCAUUAAUCAAUCUGCUCAACUUCGUCCCACAGCGACUCAGAUCCUGGAACUAUUAAGAGGGGAGAAGGAUGCAAAGGAGUUGGUCUACUCACAGUCUGAUGAAACACACGAGGAUGAUGAGCUUCUUCUGGAAUUUGGUGGGAAGCCCCAUCUGGAUUUCUCAUAUUUAGUCAUGAAUGAUGCCACAUCAAUAAGGAGUGCCGAUGCUACAUUACUGGCUAGUAGAAGACAAAAUCCACGGCUCAAAUUGAAGGAUUACUUUAAAGAACCGCUAGAAUAAGCCAAUAGCCAUGUAAAGCCUGUUUUAAAACCCUACCAGAUCCGUGAAACCGGUUGGACUAAGACCUGGGAUUCAAACUUGAGCCAUACCAACAUUCUACAAUUUUGUUUGUUAUUUCAAAUUUUAUUUAAUUUGUUCUAAUCA